AUGGACGUCGAAUAAGAAUUUGAUCUUUUUGUAAUAGGUGGUGGGUCUGGAGGUCUUGCUUGUGCGAAAUAAGCAGCCAAAUUAGGUGCAAAAGUAGCUUUGGCUGAUUUUGUGAAACCUUCUCCUUUAGGGACAAAAUGGGGAUUGGGAGGAACUUGUGUGAAUGUAGGUUGUAUUCCAAAAAAACUAAUGCAUUUUGCUUCAACCUUAGGAGAAUUGAGACAUGAUUAAGUAGAGGCAGGAUGGAUUGAUACAUAGGUGGAUUCAAAACAUAAUUGGGAAAAAAUGGUUGAGAAUGUGAAUAAUCAUAUUCGUAAAUUGAAUUUUGGUUAUAAAAAUCAAUUAAUGAGAGGGGAUGUCAAGUAUUAUAAUAAAUUAGCAGAACUUAUUGAUGCUAAUACAAUUAAAUUAACGGAUAAUAAAGGAAAAAUUGAGACGGUUAGAGCUAAAACAAUUGUGAUUGCUGUUGGAGGUAGACCAUCAUACCCAGAAAAUAUUCCAAAUAUUUAAAAACUGGUUAUAACAUCAGAUGAUUUAUUUUGGUUGUAGGAGAAUCCUGGAAAAACACUAGUAGUAGGUGCUUCAUAUGUUGCACUAGAAUGUGGAGGAUUUCUACAUGGUAUUGGAAAUGAAGUGGCAAUUAUGGUGAGAAGCAUUUUAUUAAGAGGAUUUGAUUAAGAAAUAGCAGAAAAGAUUGGAUUAUACAUGGAAGAGAAGGGAAUAAGAUUCAUUAGAGGUUGUGUACCAGACAUGAUUGAAGCAACAGAAGACAAUAAGAGAAAAGUGACUUGGAUACUUAAUGGAUAAAAAUAUGAAGAAAUAUUUGAUACAGUUUUAGUUGCAACAGGAAGAAUAAGUGAUACCUAAAAGUUAAAUCUUGAAAAAGUAGGAGUAAAUUUGAAUAAAAAUGGAAAAAUACUAUGUUCAGCAGACGACAAAACAUCUGUCCCGAAUAUAUUUGCUAUUGGUGAUUGUGUAGAAGGUCGACCAGAAUUAACUCCUACAGCUAUUAAGUGUGGAUAGCUUUUAGCCAACAGAUUGUUUAAUAAGGCAAAUGAAUUAAUGUCAUAUGACUAUGUUGCUACAACUGUAUUUACUCCUUUAGAAUAUGGUUGUAUUGGAUAUAGUGAAGAAGAUGCAAUCAAAAAGUUUGGGGAGGACAAAAUUACCGUUUAUCAUUCAAUAUUCAAACCAUUAGAGUGGAAUUACUUUGAGAUGCAUUCAGGUGAAAGUUGCUUUGCUAAAUUGAUUGUCUUAAAUAAUAAUCGAAGAGUUAUUGGAUUUCAUUAUCUUGGACCUCAUGCUGGAGAGGUCACUUAAGGAUAUGCAGUUGCUAUGAAAAUGGGAGUGACAAAGGAAUAAUUUGAUUCUACAGUAGGUAUUCAUCCAACUUGUUCUGAAGAACUUGUGUAAGUAACAGCAAUUAAAGGAAUAGAUGAAGCUUAAAAGGAGGGUUGCUGA